ACCCCAACUCCCAACCGCGCUACUGCAGCGCACAGCCACCACCACCACCACACAGCCUCAUCGUCACCAACCUGAGCACCUGACCACAUCAAGCAAAAGCAAAGCACCAUUUCAUUUUCCACCAUACAAACCCAUGGGCUUCCCGGCGGUGUACUACUGCGUCAUCCUCCCGCCUCCGCUCCACUCCCUCCUCCACCUCCUCGAGUGCAUCUCCCGCGGCUGCGCCCUCCCGGCCGCGCUGCUCUUCUCCGGCGGCGACGCCGACGCCGAAGCCGAGCUCGCCGCACCACCACCCGGCGCCGCCGCCACCGCCGCGCGCGCCCAGGCCGACGGGAUCAAGAGCCGCCUCCCCGUCGUCAGGUUCAGCGCCAGCGGAUCCGGCUCCGACGGGGAGGAGGAGGACGGCGCCGCCGCGGAGGCGUCCCCGCGCUGCGCCGUGUGCCUGGCCGCCGUGGAGGAGGGGGCGGAGGUGAGGCAGCUGGGAAACUGCUCCCACGCCUUCCACCUCCCCUGCAUCGAUCGGUGGGUCGACAUGGGCCACUUCACCUGCCCUCUCUGCAGAUCUCUCCUCUGAUUAAUCUAUCACUUCCUUGUUAAUUAUUCUUUUCCUUUCUAGUUUAGCUUAGCUCAAUUUAGCUUCCAGAUACUUUCAGCAGUUUGGAUCUUACUAGCAUCUACUACCACCACUAGGCUGUUUCACAUACAUGUAAUGAUGUACACGCUUAAUUAAUUAUUCUAUUAUUAUCACACAAGAGAAAAAGAAAAUGUACACCUUUCUCUGAAUUUCCUGUUACUCCUAAUUCAGAGCUAACUUGGCAUGCUUCUUGUCACAA